AUGAAUAAAACUUGGAUCUCGUCAUUGAACUGUUUUAUUCUCAUUUUAUCUUUACGUACUGUUAAUAAAUAUUUAUUAAAUGAAGUAAAAUAUGUGGUACAAACUAACAUCGAUGUACCGUCUAAUACAAAUUUACUAUAUGGGAAAAUACCUUUUAGAAAUGUUAGAUAUUUGGAAACAUUAAAUCAAGGGGCUGUUAUACGUUACUCAAAUGGAGAUAGUCGCAACGGUGAGUCCGAUUCCAAAAAUGAAAAUGGAGUCGAACAAAACCCUGAAACUCAAACUAAAAAUGAGACAACUCCAACUGAGAACUCUGGCACUCAAAAUGAGAACUCUGGCACUCAAAGUGAGAACUUUGGCACGCAAACUACCGAAGUACCAAUUGAAAGUAGAAGUCGCAUCGAAACAUAUGAUGAGUUUGCUCGAUACAGAGACUUGAACCGACCUCCAGACACGCAUUAUCCACCAGGACCUCGUCCAGGCUACAAACGUUCUUAUGCAAACUCCAUACAAUCAUUUAGUGUUUUAAUAACCAUUAAAGUAUUCUUCUUUUUAUGCUUAAUUAAUAAGUAAACUAGUUUUUAUCGUAUAUCGUACGAUCAUAUUUUUAAUGCGCCUUUUCAUGUUGUCCCCGUUGAAUAAUUUUCCUUUCACGUCUUAUUCUUAUUAGAAGCAUUGCUUUAUUUCUGGUUACAGCGUGAACUACGCAUUUUAGGUAUUUCUAAAUAUCCACAAAUAUGGUCUUUUUAU